UUAACCAUCGGAAUCCGUUGCCUUGUACACCCCCUUCCCCAAGCCAUCGUGUCUGCCUGCCUGCCUGCCUACCAAUCCACAAUCAGCACGCCAACUCGCUUCCGAGACCAGAAUCUUCCAAGCAAAAGCAGCUAAUACUAGCUACUUACCUGACCCAGUUGACCAAGGCCCAGUUUGACUUUGAAUCGUCAAGCCCCUCUCUCUCUAUAUAUCUCUCGUGAUUUGUGAGUAUUUUUUGUGCCCGGUCCCCAACUCCGUCCAUGGACUACCUGGGGGGAGGAAACCCGAGCGAAAGAACGCGCCACGGCGAGGGUGGCGGCAACGUCAAACUCCGCGAACCGCGUGGCGUCGCAGGAUAAAAGGCUCGGGCGACGAGAGCCGGAGACCGUGCGAUUUAUUUCCGAGACAGCUCAAGGCAAGGCAAAGGCAAAUAAAGGCAGCGCACGUACGUGUUGAGGUGGCACUUGGCAGCAGCUUGAGUUCUUGAGACCCGACCUGAUCGUUUUGCGUUGUGAUGGCGGGCGCGGGCAGCAGGAUCAAGAGCAAGGUGCGGGAGUGGAUGCGGAAGCGGAUGGCGCCGAGGAGGAAGACGGCCGCGGCCGCGGCCGCUACAGGGAGCGGUGACAACAGCGGCGGCGUCGGCGGCAGUGCGUCGGCGUCGGCGCCGGCGCAGUCGUCGCCGCGGCGGAAGCUCCUGGCGGCCGCGCUCCCGUCGGCGCUGCGGUGGAGGAAGCCGCGCGGGAACGUGCUGGCGGCGCUGUUCCAGCGCGCGGCGUACCACCUGCUGUGGCUCGUGGAGUCCGUGGUGGUGGUCGCGCAGCUCUGCUUCUUCUUCGUGCGCUUCGGCUUCAGGCUGUGAGGAGGGGAAAAAAAACUCGCCCUCAGCCUGAGGGAACGAUGCCUCUGAUUCUCUCGAUUGUUUGCAUUCUUUUUCUUCUGGCCAUAUCUCCAGUGCCUCUUUCGAUUUCCAACACCACAAGCUGUAAGUAACGUGUUCUUCUUGUGUUCUGGACAAAAUGUGUAUAGUGCAACCUUGCGAACUGUCUGUUUUUAUUCCCCAUCCCGUUAGACAUGGGAGACCCUGCCCUUUUCGCAAGGCAAGGAGCUGUGCUACUAUAUGCCAGACGAGUGCCACUUGUCUC